AUAUAUAUAGGCAGAAGAAGUCUCUUCGGUAUCUCUAGGUUCGAUUCCCUCCCAACCAGACCCAAUUCUCGCCCUUUGCAAUGUACGGACCCACCGGAAAGCUCGGCCGCGGCGGCGGUGGCGGCCGAGGCGGUGCUGGCGGAGGAGGAGGUGCCGGCAAGCGCAACAACAACCUCCACUCCACCUUCCACCACCCGGCGCCUAUCCACCGCCCUUCCUCCUCCUCCUCUACUCCCGGAAACCGCCUCUCCGUCGGCGGCGGCGGCACUGGUCCUCGUAACCGUAACACCGCCGCUGGCUCUACUGCAUCAGCCCCUUCGGCGGCGGCGGCGGAGGAGACGUUUAGUUUAGUCACCGGGAAUCCCCUUGACUUCGCCAUGAUUAUACGGCUCGCGCCUGACCUAGUUGAGGAGAUCAAGCGCGUUGAGGCUCAGGGUGGUACUGCACGGAUCAAAUUCGAUUCGAAUAUGAACAAUACUUCCGGAAAUGUUAUUGAUGUGGGUGGUAAGGACUUCAGGUUCGUGUGGUCUCGUGAAAUGGGAGACCUCUGUGACAUAUAUGAAGAACGUCAAAGUGGUGAAGAUGGAAAUGGCUUGCUUGUUGAAUCAGGGUGCGCCUGGCGCAAGCUGAAUGUACAGCGUGUCUUGGAUGAAUCGACUAAAAACCAUGUUAAAAUGCGGUCAGAGGAAGCUGAAAAGAAGCUAAGAUCACGAAAGGCCAUUAUUUUAGACCAUGGAAAUCCGUCAAUGAAGAGUCAAAUGAAGGCGUUAGCUGCUGCAGAGGUUAACCCGUGGAGAAAGCCUUUCAAACAAAAGAAGGAGCCUGAAUUCAAAAAGAGGAAAAUUGAGACACCUCCAGUUGCAGUUGGAGGCCCUCCUAAAUCUACUUACAAACCUGGAUUGCCCUCAACAACUCCUGCGAAGAGCAGGCCAUCAGGUUCUCCACUACCUUCACCACCUGAGCAUUCUGGUGCUCCAGCAUCUCCAUUUGGAAUUGGUAAUAUUAUCAAAAGUCAUACCAGUGUAGAAGAGAUUAUGCCCAGUCAGGUUAUGAGUAAAGAGAAUGCUACCAGCUCUGAGAAAGAAAUGCCCAACAGGGCCACUAGUGGAGCAGUAUGGGAAAAACCAGGACGCAAGGGGAAUUUAGGAGCUAAACCAAUGGACUUGCAGAGCAUGCUGAUUUCACUACUUACGGAGAAACCUGAGGGUAUGAGUCUAAAGGCCUUGGAGAAAUCUAUUGGCGAUAUGAUACCCAACUCUGCAAAGAAGAUUGAGCACAUAAUUAAAAAAAUUGCAACUUUCCAAGCCCCAGGACGAUAUAUCUUGAAACCAGGAGUGGAGUUGGAAAACUUCAAGAAACCUUUGUCAGAAAGUGGAAGUUCUCCUGAAGAUAAUCUUCACCAAAUACCUGCUCUUGAAGACAAGCGUGACGACGUUCCUGCUCCCAUACCAAUCUUUCCAGAGAAAGGUGCUACUGAAGAAUUUGAGAAACAGGCACAGUUGAACUCUAACAUUGGAGAAGAAUUUAAUUCUUUAGAAAAAAAUGAUAUCCAACACCAUUCUCCUGAUCUUUUUGGUGAUAAAAAGGUUUCUGACAAUAGUGAAGGGCCAGCAGGUAGCUCCAGUGAUAGUGGAAGUGACAGUGAUAGUGAAACUGACAGCAGUGAUAGUGGAAGUGACAGUGGAAGCCAUAGUAGAAGCAGAAGCAAAAGUAAGAGCCCAAUUGGAAGUGGAAGCGGAAGUAGCAGUGACAGUGAAAGCGAUGCCUCUUCUAACAGCAAGCAGGGCUCUGAUGAGGAUGUGGAUAUCAUGACGAGUGACGAUGACAAGGAAUCAAAGCCGCAAUUGCAAACUUCUGAACCAGGGUUUUCUACAGCACCAAUGGCAUGGAGGGAUUUUGUUGUUGGGCCUGUACAAAAUGGAAUUGAUGAAAAACAAGAUGGCAAUGGUUCUGAUGUAGCUGAGAUUGAGAAAGACUUGCCUGAUGAUGAUCAGGAGACUGAUUUUGCUAUUGUUGCCAAUUCAAUUUCUAAUAAAGACAGUGAAAAACCUGUUGAAGACAUUCGACUUUCUUCUCCUGGUCACCAAGAACAUCAAGAGAGCCAGGUCUACACAGGAAAUUUAUUUAGUGACAAAGAAAAUAUUGCUAAAGAUGGCUUCAAGCGUGGGCAGACUGACAGCUCUGAGAGGAUAUUCAAAGGUAAAUCUAAAAGGGGUUCUGAUUCAAAGCACCCGCACCCUCGUGAAAAAUCUGAACAUGCAAAAAGAUUAAAAGAUGGGAGCUCUCUUCAACCAAAAGCAUCUCAAGGUAGGGACUCUGUCUUGGAAAGUCCUAAAAAAUCAUCUCCUGAUAGAGUCAUUGAAGACCCUCAAAAGGGCCAUUCCACCCAAAUGAUGAAUAGGGCCUCUAGGGAUGGAAAUGCUGAUUCUGCCUUGCAAAAAGGCUACAACCAAGGAAUCCCUAGUAAAUCUAUUUCGGAUUCUCUGAAUUCAGGACAAAAGCCUGUUGAUCUUAAUGCACGGGUAAAGGCUCCUGAUUCAGCAGAAAGACCUGGUAUACAUGCUGAGAACUUGGGACGUGGCAGUAAAUAUUCUGAAAGGAAUCGUCAGUCGCAUGAGGGUUUACCCGCCCAAAAAGACACAGUUUCUAGGGAAAUACAAGAUGAAGAUUGUUAUACCAAAGAGACAAAGAUGCCAAGAAAUUGUAAGGAAGCUGCUUUUGGAGAUAAACACUCAACACACUUUGACUCUUAUUAUUAUGGGAAACAUGGUGAACUGGGUGGGAAAUUUAAGGAGGCUGGAGAGGUUUCAAACUCUCAUAUGGAAAGAUCCCCUGCCAUAAAUGGGAGAGGCAAGUUGCUUCAAAGGGAGCUUUCAGACUUGGAGUUGGGUGAACUUCGUGAGCCUUUGUCCGAGGAAACUCCUGGGGUUAAGAAGGAAUUUGAAAGAAAAAGUUCGUUUAAGCAGUCAGAGAACAAACAAAGCUCUUCAGAUUACUGGAAUUUGGAUUUGAGUAAGGGAAAACCUACUGGAAAAACAAUUGUAGACAUUGGAAAGCCCUCCCCACCCCAUUUAAGGGGUGGGAUCCCUAGCAAUCCAGAGGCUUUAUCUAAGAGGAGGACUCCUGAACAUCAUGCUGAAGAUUUAACAAGACCACACCAAAGGGCUGUGCCAUCUCAGCCACAAGGCCCACUACACCUCUCAAGAGUAGUAGAUCGUCCUGAAGUUGGUACUCAAAAAUUAGCAGAUGUGAGUGGUAAGCUUAGACAUAACGAAGCUAGAGCAAGCCAGGGGAUUGGUCUAGAAGAUUUUGGAGAUACUAAUAAGAAAGCAUCUAUCAGUGCACCACAGCAGCAUGAUACAUAUAGGGGACCAAUUUCUCAUCCUAUGAAAGAAAGUAAAAUACAAAAAUCAAAUACUUUGGCAGACUCAGGUGAUAUACACAAGGAUACUUCUUUAACUGAGAGUAAUGAAGGGGGUCUAAAGAGGAGGGAAUCUUCUUCUGAUGAGAAUAGUUGUUCAUAUUCCAAGUAUGAAAAGGAGGAGCCGGAUCUCAAAGGACCAAUAAAGGACUUCUCUCAGUACAAAGAAUAUGUGCAGGAGUAUCGUGAGAAGUAUGAUAGCUACUGCUCAUUGAACAAGACUUUAGAGAGCUACAGGAAUGAAUUUGAUAAACUGGGAAAGGACCUUGAAAUUGCAAAAGGGAAGGAUAAUAUGGAAAAAUAUUUUACCAUUUUGGGGCAGUUAAAGGAAUCUUAUCGUCAGUGUGGAACAAGACAUAAACGGCUGAAGAAAAUAUUCAUUGUGCUUCAUGAAGAAUUAAAGAACCUGAAGCAGAUGAUUAAAGACUACGCUGUCUCAUAUAUAAGAGAUUGAUGCCUUUUUCUUGUUUUAUACCCUAAGAUUCCAGUUGGGUUCUUUUUAUGUCAGCCAAGGUUUGUUCCAAUGACAGCGCUACAGUUUUUAAUGUGGAAAUCAAUUUGUAAAAUUCUAUAAAUGGCUGGAGUGAGAGACUAUCGGUAGAAGAAGCUUCACAAUGUUCUUGCAAAGGAAGCUCUACUCCAGUCUCCAUGGGAAUGAAGUUGUAGCCACCCAAACCAAAAACGAAAAAAAGUUGAUGCCACAACCCUUGUUAGAGCAAUGUGGAAAGAAGGAAAUUUGUGAUUCAUCUUCUCAAGCAGGUCUACGAGCCCUAUUUUUUUGUGGAUUUUUGUGGCAGUUUUUUUGUUGCUCUGGUGGCAACACUGUAAGAAAGCCAUUCCCUGUGCCCCCCAAAUUUUGUACGAUUGUCUUUGCUACUGAACAAUGGUUUAUACAAAAGGUCGCCUCUUUUAGUCC